AUGGACCUAUCCGACGUUGAGGGCCAAAUGAAGGACAUCUCCUCUCAUGAGAUUGAACAUGUGAAUAACGAGGCAGCCUCCUUCACCGAGGAGGAGGAGAAGGCGUUGGUGAGGAAGGUUGACCUCACCCUUCUGCCCACCAUCUGGGUCAUGUACCUCCUUUCCUACCUUGAUAGAACCAAUAUCGGCAAUGCAAAGAUCUCGGGUAUGGAGGUAGAUCUCGAAUUGACGUCCAACCAAUAUUCGAUUGCCCUGGUCGUCUUCUUCAUCGGAUACGUGGUAUUUGAAGUGCCUAGCAACCUCGUUCUGGGCCGAUCCCGACCCUCUGUAUUCCUCCCGUCAAUCAUGAUAAUCUGGGGCGCAUUGACUUGCGUGAUGGCUGUUGUCAAAAGUUUCACCCACUUGGUAGUCCUUAGGGUCAUUCUCGGAUGUGUGGAGGCUGGCUUUGCUCCCGGCGUGCUACUUGUCCUUUCAUCAUGGUACAAACAAACCGAACAGUCAAAGAGAUUCGGUGUGUUUAUCUCAGCGGCUGUUCUAUCGGGUGCCUUUGGCGGCCUGAUCGCCGCUGGUAUUGUCGAUGGCCUUGAAGGCGUUCAUGGUAUACGUGGUUGGCGAUGGCUAUUUAUUAUUGAAGGCGCUGCCACUGUUGGUUUCGCUAUUAUCUCCCUAUUUAUCCUUCCUGACUUCCCCGCGACGUCGCGACAUUUCUCUGAGCGCGAAAAGCAAGUCGCUGUAGCACGUCUAGCCACUGAGAAUGUCACCGCCACCACGGAGGAUACUGAACACCUGAGUCCCUUGGAAGCUUGUAAGGUGGCAUGCCAAAACUGGCGCACCUGGGCGUUCAUAAUCGGAUACAUGGAAGUCUAUCCACUAUUUGCAGACAGGCCAACCUAA